AAGCUUGUGAAGUCUUAGGUAAUGCUUUUCUGUUGCGAUGACUGUUUCAGUCCCCUCAGUGAGCAAUUAAGUGCACCAGUAAAAUACAAAGGAGACUGUGGAGAUAUUCAUUGUGCCCUCAGCAUCUUCAAAAGGCGCUGCUGCCUGCCAAGCCCAGACUUCAUUUCUGUAAAAGCGGAGGAUGUUCUAUUCUGCUGUGCCAUAAAAGUCUUCUGGAGCCCAAACACGGUGUAGCGUGUGUACCGUAGCGUGCACAAGCUCAAAGGCUUUCAACAAAUUAGCUUUUUUGCUUUGCCACCUUCCAUACGUAAUUUCACAACACCUAGUAUUGAGACAGUGCUGUUGUUUGGGCAGCAUAAAUCACUCACUGUACUGCAGGGCGCCUUUCUUAACAAGCUGGGUGUAGUUCACCUUUUUGUCUAACUCUGCUGCGCAUCUCUCUAACAAACAACUGCUCUUUACGGCUCAACUCGAUAAUCAAUACAUUUUUUUUAGUUUACAGAGCAAAUAAUUACUUUAGCCGAUGAUUUCACAAGGUUAGAAGAUGGAUGUAUAAAGUCUGGAGCGUGAAGGCAGAGAAAUAUCUCUGCUGAUCUCAAGAGCAACAGGUCUGCAAGUAACAGGCUGCACAGCCACCUCUGCCAUGAAGGCAAUGAGAGCUGCUGCCCUCCUUGGAUUAGUGCUUCUCAGCUCCUUUCCUGAUCUUGUUCCUGGUCAGCAAUGGGCCUCCUGCAGGGAGUACCGGCUGUCAGGCAGCAGGAACCUUGCCUGUCCCAGGAUCUUCCAGCCUGUCUGUGGCACUGAUAACAUCACCUAUCCCAACGAGUGCUCACUCUGCAGACAAAUCCUCCGGAGUGGGACGGUUGACAAGAAGCACGAUGGGAGGUGUGUGAAGGUUGAUUGCACUGGCUACAUGAGAGCAACUGGUGGGCUGGGGACAGCCUGCAGCCAGCAACACAGCCCGCUCUAUGCCACCAACGGGGUCACCUACAGCAACAAGUGCACCUUCUGCUCAGCAGUGGCGAAUGGAGAGGACAUAGAUCUGCUCACUGUUGGAAAACAACCUGAGAUUGACUGCAGUGAAUUCAAGAGCACCGAUGUCUACUGCACUAACGAGUACAUGCCCCUUUGUGGCUCUGACGGCGUAACGUAUGGGAACAAAUGCUACUUCUGCAUUGCAGUUUUGAGGAGUCAUGGAUCUCUGUCUCUCCAGCAUCGUGGAGAAUGCUGAGUGCUGGAGCGCAGCCUUUACCCUCACUCAUCUUUCACUUCCAAAGCCUGCCAUUCCAACAUGUUCUUCCCUGCUCUCUGUUGUACAUUGCUUUCUGCCUUGACCCAUCAGUAAAUCAAA